AUGACCACCGUUCACAGAGUGUUUCUCCUGGCCGUCGGGCUUUGCACCGUUCUGGCCAGCCCGAACUACAGGGCUCUGUGGCAGUUCAGGAACAUGAUCAUCUGCACCAUGCCUGACAGCUGGCCUGCCCUGGACUACGCCGACUACGGCUGCUACUGCGGGAAGGGGGGGUCUGGAACACCUGUGGACGACCUGGACAGGUGUUGUCAGGUUCAUGACAGGUGCUAUGAAGCAUCCAUGCAGAUGGACGAGUGCUGGCCCAUCCUGGAUAACCCCUACACUGAAAUGUACUCCUACAAGUGCGAUAAAGCCACCAAGACUAUCACCUGCACCGACAACAACGACAAGUGUGAGAAGUUCAUCUGUGAGUGUGACAGGCAAGCCGCUAUGUGUUUUGCUGAAGCCGGCUACAACGAGGAGAACGAGCACUUGCCAAGCCACUUCUGCAAGUAAAGGCCACAUGAGGGCGCCCCAGCAUGGACACCCAACAACCAGAACAGCUGAAAACUCCCCACAGGCAGAAUUACAUUUGAAUCUGAACAAGGACUCUCAUGGAAUCUUAUCCAAUCUGGCUGCCCUGCUAUUGGAUAACGUGUUCAACCAUUUGCUUUUAUUGAUUUCGUUCCAUUCUGGUCUGUCACAAUGCACACCUGUACCUGGCUGCCAGACCCUGAGGUGCAUGCAUCAGGUGUCUUCCAAGAACCUUGCAUGUGAAAACCCAUUGA